AUGUAAAGCCUUAAAAGAAAAUAUUAAACUAAUAAUACUUAAACUAAUUUAUAGAUUUAAAAAAAAUAAAAACCUAACAAUUAUUUAGAAAAAAAAAAUUAAAAAAAUCAUAUCCAAAAAGAUAAUAAUGAGCAAAACACAUACAAAAACACUCAAAAUAAUUCAGAAAAAAACACAGAAAAAAAUCUCAAAAAAAGCCUAAAAUAGUAAAAAAUUCCAUAAAAUGAUAUUCUUUCAUUAUAAUUAUAAAAUAAUUAAUAAAUAAUCGAAAAUAAAAAAUAAAAAGCUGAUAAAAAACAAGAACCAAAAGAAAUAAUAUACAAAGAUUUUAAUUAAUUUGGAGUAAAAAAAAAUUAAUUUCAAAAAAAAAAAAAAAAAAAAUUAAAGUUACAUGAAAAGUUAUUAUAAGCCUGUUAGCGUUUAAAUUACAUAACACCAACCCCUAUAUAAUAAAAAAGCCUUCCUCACACAUUAAAAAAAAAAGACAUAAUAGCACUCGCCGAAACAGGUUCUGGAAAAACCCUAUCAUUUGCCCUCCCAAUACUGCAAUAAUUUUUAAAUUAACCACAUGAAUAUUACGCCUUGAUACUUUCUCCAACAAGAGAACUAUGCGUAUAAAUAUCAGAAUCAUUUGAAAAUCUAGGAAAAGAAUUCGGUUUGAAAGUAGUAGUAAUAGUAGGAGGAUUAGACCCUAUAAAGCAAAUGAUUGCCUUGUCUAAAAAUCCUCAUAUAAGUAUAUAUUAUAAUAUAAUAUAUAUAUAUAUUUAUUUAUAUAUAUUAGUUGUUGGUACACCUGGAAGAAUUUAAUAUCAUUUUUAAAAUACUAAAGGUUUUUAAAUGAAUAAUUUAAAAUUUUUAGUUUUAGAUGAAGCUGAUAAAUUAUUAAAUAUGGAUUUCGAAGCAGAAAUAAAUGAUAUUUUAGACAAAAUUCCGAAAGAAAGGAAUACAUUUCUUUUUUCAGCUACUAUGACUAAUAAAGUACAUAAACUAUAAAAGGUUUCAUUAAGAAACCCUGUUAAAAUAGAAGUUUCAACUAAAUAUUAAACUGUAUAAACACUAAUUUAACAAUAUUGUUUUAUUCCAAUAAAAUAUAAAGAUUCAUAUUUAGCUUUUAUUCUGAAUGAAAAUUAAGGAUCUUCUUGCAUUAUUUUUGUUACUACAUGUAUAAAUUCUAUUAGACUAACUUUAAUGUUAAGGAAUUUAGGAUUUUAAGCUGUUUCUAUACAUGGAUAAAUGAAUUAAACAAAAAGAUAAACCGCAAUUAAUAAAUUUAAAGACGGAUAAAAGAAAAUACUUGUAGCAACUGAUGUGGCCUCAAGAGGAUUAGAUAUUCCUUGUAUUGAUUUAGUUAUAAAUUAUGAACUUCCUGCAAAUACAAAAGAAUACAUUCAUAGAGUUGGAAGGACGGCAAGAGCAGGAAGGAAAGGAAAUGCUAUAAGUUUAAUUUCAUAAUAUGAUUUAGAAGCUUUUUUAAAAAUAGAAGAUUUAUUGGGUAUCAAAAUCGAUUAAUAUAAUAUCGAAGAAUAUAAGGCUUUGGUUUUUAAUGAGAGGAUUAAUGAAGCUUAAAAAAUUUCAACAAAAUAAUUAAAAGAAUUAAUUGAAACUAAGAAAAUAAAAGAAUGA